AAAAUUGUGUCAUGUGCGUGGAUCUGACGUGGCAAGGCGUUUGACGGUUAGGAUAUCGAACAAAUCGAUGCAGAAUCCUAAUUUCUACCGUUGGAUUUAACUCUUCCACCAAUCCUAACAAGAAAAUCAUAACAAAAAGAAGGGGAAAAAGAAAAAAAGAAAAAAAGAAAAGUAGCAGGUGCAUUCCACACCAGAACAAUCAUCAUCAUCUGCUGCAAUGGACAUCGGAGCUCACACUCGCUACUAUAAAUACCCCUCCUUCUCCGCUCUUCUUCUGCAUUCCUUCCUCGAGUUUUUCAUUUCCUUCAUUUUCAUUUGCCGUUUCUGUUACUUUGAAGCUGUAUGUAUAUACGUUCUCCUCAUUAGUUUCUUGUAUAUAGCUUAAUUUUUCAGUUUUGUGAUUAGGUUGAAAUCAUACUGCGAAACUUGAUCUGAGCUUGUGUUUCCAUUUCUGAGGAAAAUUAAUUUGAUUUCAGAUCAUCGGAGAGGAGAAGUAAUUAAACGAUGACGAUCACGCCGGCUGUUCGGAUCGCGGAGAGGAAGCUGGUGGUGAAGGAGCGGACGAUCCUGAAGGACGUGCCGGAGAAUGUGGUGGCGACGUCGAGCGAGGCGGCGGAGGGGGUGUUCCUGGGGGCGGUGUUCGAGGAGGCGAGCAGCCGACACGUGAUCUCGCUGGGUACGAUCCGCGACGUGCGGUUCCUUGCGUGCUUCCGGUUCAAGCUGUGGUGGAUGGCGCAGCGGAUGGGCUCGCGCGGGCGCGACAUCCCUCUGGAGACGCAGUUCCUCCUGGUGGAGUCCAACGACGUCUACACCGUCUUCCUCCCCCUCAUCGACGGCCCCUUCAAGGCCUGUCUCCAGGGCGGCCCCGCCGACAACCUCGACCUCUGCAUCGAGAGCGGCGACGCCGACGCCACCGCCUCCUCCUUCACCCACGCCGUCUACAUCGGCUCCGGCACCGACCCCUUCGCCACCAUACACGAGGCCAUCAACGCCGUCAAGCUGCAACUCGGGACCUUCAAGCUGCGCACCGAGAAGAAGCUCCCCGGCAUCGUGGACUACUUCGGCUGGUGCACGUGGGACGCCUUCUACCAGGAGGUCACUCAGGAGGGCGUGGAGGCCGGCCUCGAGAGCCUCAAGGCCGGCGGCGCCCCGCCCAAGUUCGUCAUCAUCGACGACGGCUGGCAGUCCACGGAAUCCGACCAGCCAGACAAGGAGAAGGAGAAGGAGAAGGAAAGGGAGCUGGGCGCGCCGAAGCUGCAGCGGCUGACCGGGAUCAAGGAAAACGAGAAAUUCCAAAAGCAGGAUCCGGCGGCGGGGAUCAAGAGCAUCGUGAAGAUCGCCAAGGAGAAGCACGAGCUGAAAUACGUGUACGUGUGGCACGCCAUCACGGGGUACUGGGGCGGGGUGAGGCCCGGCGUGAAGGAGAUGGAGCACUACGAUCCCGCGAUGCAGUAUCCCAAGCUGUGCAAGGGCGUCAUGGAGAACGAGCCUGGCUGGAAGACCGACGCCAUCGCCAUUGAAGGACUAGGCCUCGUCAAUCCCAAAAAUGUUUACAGGUUCUACAACGAGCUCCACAGCUACUUGAGCGCUGCCGGGAUUGACGGCGUCAAAGUUGACGCUCAGUGCAUUCUCGAGACGCUCGGCGCCGGCCUCGGAGGCCGCGUCGAGAUCACCAAGCAGUAUCAUCAAGCACUCGACGCCUCCGUCGCCCGCAAUUUCCCUGAUAAUGGAUGCAUUGCCUGCAUGAGCCACAACCUCGAAUCGCUUUACUGCUCAAAGCAGACUAGUAUAGUGAGAGCGUCCGAUGAUUUCUACCCGCGAGAUCCGGUGUCGCACACCAUCCACAUCGCCGCCGUGGCCUACAACAGCGUCUUCCUCGGCGAGGUGAUGCUCACGGACUGGGACAUGUUCCACUCUCUCCACCCGGCGGCCGAGUACCACGGCUCCGCCAGAGCUAUAAGCGGCGGGCCUGUCUAUGUCAGUGAUGCGCCUGGGAAGCACAACUUUGAUCUUCUAAGGAAGCUCGUUUUGCCCGACGGCACCAUCCUCCGCGCCCGCCUCCCUGGCCGCCCCACCAAGGACUGCCUCUUCUCCGACCCCGCCCGCGACGGCGUUAGCUUGUUGAAGAUAUGGAACAUGAACAAGUACAGCGGAGUGGUGGGAGUGUACAACUGCCAAGGUGCGGCGUGGAACAGCGAGGAGAGGAAGAACACAUUCCACAAGACAAACUCGGAGGCUAUAACAGGGUACGUUAGAGGCAGCGACGUCCACCUCAUAGCAGAGGCCGCCGUCGACGCCGAUUGGGACGGCAAAGUAGCCGUCUACGCUCAGCGCAGCGCCACGCUUCUCACUGUGGCCGACAGCGUGGUCUUGCCGGUGUCGCUCAAGGUGCUCGACCACGAGGUCUUCACAGUCACGCCGAUUAAGACACUCUCCUCCGCCGCCUCCUUCGCCCCGCUAGGCCUCAUCGACAUGUUCAACGGCGGCGGAGCGUUGGAGGGGUUGAAAUACGAGGCGGCCGGCGUGUCCAUGGAGGUGAAAGGCUGCGGGCGCUUCGGCGCAUACUCUUCGGCGAAGCCCAGCAAGUGCAGGGUGGGAUCGGAUGCGGUUGAGUUCGAAUAUGAGGCCGCGUCUGGGUUGCUGAGCUUCGAGUUGGCUGAGAUGCCUGUUGACAAAGUUCACUGUGUUGAGAUUGAGUUAUGAAUUUGUAUUUCUAGGCUAUAGAGGCGAGGAAUGUUGCAUUUUGAGUGGCUUUGUUCUAGAUGCCUGCUUCCAUUGGCUGUAGACUUGGAUAAUGAUGUAAUAGGGAAUGGAUAUCCCAUUGGUUAUUCUCUCUUUUAUUGUCUAAUAAAAUAGACUUUCUACCAA